UCGGUAUUCGUUGAUUUGAGGUUUUUUCUCCAGAAGACAUUUUAUUGUUGACGAAGAUUGUAAAGAUACAUCUGUAGUCAGUUUCACUAUUAGCUAUUUAAUUGAAAAACAAACAAUAGAGGACGUAAUAUGGAACCAUUAGGAAUAACUACUGAUGAUUGCGGGAUAAAUUCCAAGUAUAAUGAUAAAAUACACAAAUUGUCUUCAAUCCCACUCAAUAGACAUGACGAUCAAGUAUGUAACGGAAUUAUUAAACAGGAAAAUAUUGAUGAACAAGACGUAUUUAAUGGAAUCAUCAAAGAGGAAAUUAUUGAAGAAAUAGACCAUGACAAUGAUAGUCGAUCAUUUCAAAAAGGAACUAAAACUGAAAAGAAUAUUAACACAAUUGAUACCGAAAUAAAAACUGAAGUAAAUUGUAUUGACUGUUUUGAAUUUGAAGGAACAGUUUUAAGCGAAAGCAAUUCUGCAGAUUGCAUUACUUGUAUAAAUUUGGACUUGACAUCAAACUGCGUAAGGAAAAAUCCAUUGGAUAAUACAGCGUCCAAAUUAACAAAGAGUACAAGGACAUACACAGGUGAAAAAUCGUAUAAAUGUGAUAACUGUGAUCAAGUGUUUUCCCAUAAAUCAAGUUUAAUAAUCCAUGCAAGGAAACAUACCGGUGAAAAGCCGUAUAAAUGUGAUGAAUGUGAUCGAGCUUUUCCCCUGAAAUCAAGUUUAAUAAGGCAUACAAGGACACACACCGGCGAAAAGCCGUAUAAAUGUGAUAUAUGUGAUCAAGCGUUUUCCCAGAAAUCAAAUUUAACAAUGCAUACAAGGACACACACCAGCGAAAAGCCAUAUAAAUCUGAUAACUGUGAUCAAGUGUUUUCCGAUAAAUCAAGUUUAAUAAUCCAUGCAAGGAAACAUACCGGUGAAAAGCCGCAUAAAUGUGAUGAAUGUGAUCGAGCUUUUCCCGUGAAAUCAAGUUUAAUAAGGCAUACAAGGACACACACCGGCGAAAAGCCGUAUAAAUGUGAUAACUGUGAUCAAGCGUUUUCCCAGAAAUCAAGUUUAAUAAAUCAUUUCAUGACACAUACGGGCGAAAAGCCGUAUAAAUGUGAUAACUGUGAUAAUGCGUUUUCUCAGAAAUCAAGUUUAACAAAGCAUACAAGGACACAUACCGGCGAAAAGCCGUAUAAAUGUGAUAACUGUGAUCAAGCGUUUUCCCAUAAAUCAAGUUUAACAAAGCAUACAAGGACACAUACCGGCGAAAAGCCGUAUAAAUGUGGUAACUGUGAUAAAGCGUUUUCUCGAAAAUCAAGUUUAAUAAAUCAUUUCAGGACACAUACGGGCGAAAAGCCGUAUAAAUGUGAUGAAUGUGAUCGAGCUUUUUCUCUUAAAAACAAUUUAAAACGGCAUACAAUGAGACAUAACAGAUAAAUACCGUAUAAACGUGAUAUCUGUUACCAAUGGUUUCCUCUUCGAACACAUUUAUAUCAAUCAAGACAUAUAAAAAUAAU